AUGAAAAUAAAUUUAAAUGGAUAUUUUCUGAUGGUCAAAGAAUUUGUGAAAUUACUAUCAGAUGUGGACAAAGGCCAAGGUUUCUGUUGCAUAGUCAAUGUAUCCAGCAUGUUAGGCAUAAGAGGUUUCCCAUUAUUUGCUGGAUAUUCAGCGAGUAAAUCUGGUAUAAUUGGAUUAACGAAAUGUGUCGCAUCGGAGUAUUCACAACAAAAAAUACGCUGCAAUGCUGUUUUGCCAGGAAUGAUUCAAACUCCUGCGAUUGAAGGUGUGCCGGAAAGUUUUAAAGAAAAUAUUGUAGCACAAACACCAAUGCAAAGAUUGGGAAAACCAGAAGAAGUAGCAAAGGCCUGUUUGUUUCUGGCAUCCAAUGAUAGUUCAUAUGUCAAUGGGGCUUGUCUGGAAGUUUCAGGUGGAUUGUGA